CUAUAAUUUAUCAUUAUCGACAGUCAACUGCGCUAAGCAUGGGUCGUCCGCGCAUUAGCGUCGCGGCCGUGGCGCUGUCAGCGGCCACGGGCAUGACGGUGGCCGCCGUGUCCAUGAUGGCCUACUUUCGCUUCCAGCAUCCGCAAGAGUUCGCAGACGCCACCAUCCGCAUGACGCACCCGGAGCUGUCGGACGAUUUCAACCGCAAGUGGGGACUCUUCGGCACUGGCAUCAUCGAUUCGGUGCCACAGAGCGUCAAGGACCUAUUCUACGUGCCUGACAUGGCCGAGCGCUUCGAACAGCACAAGAAAAAGCGGGAUGAACAAAUCCGUCAGACGAUCGAAGACCUCCGUCCCAAGGGCAAGUAGAUAGCAAUUAUGCACGCAGUAGUCCGGCCAACGUAAUACUACUCAGUAAAACACUCUAUCUGUUCAUUACUUGGAGACUAUUGUUCAGUUAUGAAGAGACAAGAAGACAAUACCAACAAUGGAUAAGGAAUAUACACCGAGUCUCGGCAGCAA